CCCGGGUUCCUGGACAGCCUGGUCGGCUGGGCCUCUGUUCUUCCCUCAGGCUGGGAGAGUCUGCAGUCCUAGGAAGCCGAGGCGUCUUCAGACUUAAGUGAGGAAGAAGCUGCAAUCCUCCGCUCUGUCCUGGAUGGCAGCACGCCCGCUCGGCCGGCUGGCGCUGACCCACCUGCUGGUGGUCCUCUUUGGCAUGGGCUCGUGGGCCGCGGUCAACGGGAUCUGGGUGGAGCUGCCCGUGGUGGUAAAAGACCUUCCGGAAGGUUGGAGCCUCCCCUCGUACCUGUCUGUGCUGGUGGCGAUGGGGAACCUGGGUCUGCUGGCAGUCACCCUGUGGAGGCGGCUGGCCCCGGGCAAGGGCGAGAGGGUCCCCAUCCAGGUGGUGCAGGCACUGUGCAUGGUGGGCACAGCCUUGCUGGCCCCUCUGUGGCACCACGUGGUCCCCGUGGCAGGGCAGCUUCACUCUGUGGCCUUCCUGGCGCUGACGUUGGUGUUGGCGUUGGCCUGCUGUGCCUCUAACGUCACCUUCCUGCCCUUCCUGGGCCGCCUGCCGCCUCCUUUCCUGCGGUCAUUCUUCCUGGGCCAGGGCCUGAGUGCCUUGCUGCCCUGCGUACUGGCCCUGGGGCAGGGCGUGGGCCGCCUCGAGUGCCCACCUGCCCCCACCAACGGCACCCCUGGACCACCCCUCAACCUCCCUGAGCGUUUUUCUGCUAGCAUCUUCUUCUGGGCACUGACCGCCCUCCUGGUCACUUCGGCAGCCGCUUUCCAGGGUCUCCUGCAGCUGUUGCCACCACCUGUGCCCACGGGAGACCCUGCAACUGGCCGGCAGGUGGAAGCCCCAGGAGUGGAGGAACAGGAGGAGGAAGCAUCGCCAUUGCAGGAGCCCCCAGGCCAGGCAGCGAGCAGCACCCCUGGCCCAGACCCUAAGGCCCACCAGCUGCUCUCAGCCCGUGCAGCCAGCCUGCUGGGCCUGCUGGGCCUGACCAGUGCACUGACCAAUGGCGUGCUGCCCGCGGUCCAGAGCUUUUCCUGCUUGCCCUACGGGCGCCUGGCCUACCACUUGGCUGUGGUCCUGGGCAGUGCUGCCAGCCCCCUUGCCUGCUUCCUGGCCAUGGGCAUUCUGUGCAGGUCACUGGCAGGGCUGGGUGUGCUGUCUGUGCUGGGCAUGUUCUUUGGGGCCUACCUGAUGGUGCUGGCGAGCCUGAGCCCAUGCCCACCGCUGGUGGGCACCUCUACAGGGGUGGUCCUUGUGGUGCUGUCGUGGGUGCUGUGUCUAGGCGUGUUCUCCUACGUGAAGGUGGCGGCCAGCUCCCUGCUACACAACGGGGGCCGGCAGGCGUUGCUGGCUGCUGGCGUGGCCAUCCAGGUGGGCUCUCUGCUCGGCGCUUUGGCCAUGUUUCUCCCCACCAGCAUCUACCAUGUGUUCCGCAGUGGACAGGACUGUGUGGACCUGUGUGGCCCCUGAGCUGGGCAGUGGGGCCCUCUCUCUGCCCCCCACCCCCCACCCCAAGGCUAUUGCGGUGACCAAGUUCCCCCACGCAGCUCGCACCUGGACACCAGCACACUCCACCGGAGACCCUGGCUGCCUGGUCGGGGUGGGACCAAAGAGCAGUCCGUGUCCCCAGGCCCCCUGGGCCCUCUACUCCCGUGUAGGGCUUGCACAAUAAAGUGGUUUUACUCAGUAAGCUGCA